UUUAUUUACGCCGUCAGUACGAGAGGCUACUACCCAGCGUAUACCAACUUGCAAAAAUUCAUUUCGAAAGCAAAUGUCCUCAUCGCUACUGUAACCGGAGAUAGAGCGAGAACUGUGGAGAGACAGAGCGACGAGAAGACAGUGGCAGAGGUGAUGAGUGUCGUUAGGAAGAUGUUUGGCUCGACUGUUCCUGAUCCGAUUGAGACUUUCGUUACAAAAUGGGGGACUAAUCCGUUCUUCUAUGGUGCUUAUUCAAACUGGCCUGUCGGCUUCACGAACGACAAUUUUGAGGACACGAGAGCUUCUGUUGGUGGUUCGGUGUUCUUUGCUGGAGAAGCAAUGAGCAAGAGGCACUAUGGUUUCCUUCAUGGUGCGUACUCUUCUGGUCAAGAUGCUGCUGCCUGCAUUGUAUCAAAUAUAACGAGACAAUCAACAACAAACUGUCCAAAAGACUUGCCAGCGGAAUCAAACUCAAGCAAAAGAGUUGUGAUUACACUAGCUGUUAGUGUUCCUCUUGUAGUCUUACUUGUCUUAUGA